GUUCUAGAAAGGGCCUGGAAGUAAGUGAAGCUCGGUCCUUGUAAGGCAAGGGACACAGCCUGCGCGGAACUGCAGGACAGCCCCGAUCUGUGUCAAGCUGAGGGUUCUCAUUCCAGAAGUUGCCAUUCCACGUUUCAGUUGUCCCCCGAACCUGUUAAUGCGUAAACAUAUUUUUAACUCAUUCGUUUAUUUUGUAGGGAGGAGAAACUGAACGAAUACCGACACCAAAUUCUAUUUCACUCUGCAUUAGUUCAAGAGGAGAGUAAAAAUAAACCCGGGAUGCCACUGUUUUAUCUGAUGAGGUGGUAGCCAGCACAUUUUAUUAAUUCAAGCCAAGGGAGUAAAAGUAAAACAUUUCGGUCCUUCACCUGAGAUUACCCGAAUUUUCUUCUUGGGUCGUUCACUCUUUCUGGUAGUUGUGAUGUCACAAGGGAAAUCACCUGACCAAAAAAGACCCCGUAGAAGCUUAUCAGCCAGCAAAACUACAAAAAGCCGAUCUCAUUCGAUUAUUUCUUAUUUUAACAGUGCACCACCUGCUAAACUUGCAUGUUCAAUUUGUCAUAAAAUGGUCCCUAGGUACGACCUAAUUCGGCAUCUUGAUGAGUCCUGUACUAACAAUGGUGACAUUGCUGAGGCUGAGCCAGUGCAGGCUGGCUUAAGGAACCCGACUGUGCCAAGGUCAGACUUACCCAGUAUUGCUUUAGAAGACAUAGCACCUCAGAAGUUGUCACCACCAAAGAUAACUUUAAUCCCUGUGCAAUGUUCAAAACUGGGCACACAGCAGCAGACCAGUCCCUAUUUUAAAGGUGCUUCGGUGUGCAAAAAUCAAAAUGAGCUUCAAAAUCAGAGUGUGGAAAUUAUGUCUCUGGGAAGUCUGUCGUCUAAACUGUCAAGAAAAUACAUAAAAGUUAAAAAAUUACUGGAUAAGAAGGAGGGACUAGCCAGUCAUUGUCCAUGGAGUUCUCCGUCCACAGCUGGCACCAACCUGGUUGAUAACUGUUCAGACAUGGAGGACAAAGAUGAGAUUUUGAACUGUUCUCAAAAGGAAAAUAUUUUUUCUUGUGCAUCUCUAAAGGAAGAGGAUGCUUCUGAACCCAAGGUAAAGAGCAGUCAAAUAGCAGAAGAUGAAAGCCAAGAAGCUUCCUGUAGGGAGUCAGCCCUCACCCGGGCAUCUUCAGAUCAUGCUGCCACAUUGUUUUCAUUAGGUUUAACUCUUUCAAAUAACAUAAAGUCUGCUCUGGAAGACAGUCUUUUAAAGCAAGAAGAUGCCAGAGGGCUGGGUGGGGGGGCUGCUCAACAGACUGUUGAUACUGAGGGUCUAAUGCCAAUGUCUGGGGAGGAGGUAGAAUCCACCAGUCCCAAAGAUACCCCUACAGGGAACAACAGCCAAGAGCUUGGGGAAGGUGGGAGUGCCUUAAAGAGACAAAUUGCUUGCAGCCUUCUGGAGCAGGGAUCCAGUUGUGAUGUUCCCAGGGAGGCAGCUCAGCCCCCAUUGAGCCACCCAUACUACCUAAGGAGCUUCUUGCUGGUGCUCCAUGCCAUCCUUGAGAAUGAAGAGGACAUGAAGCUCUUCGAUGACCAGGAGAAGGGGAUUAUAACUAAAUUUUACCAGCUGUCAGCUAGUGGUCAGAAGUUGUAUGUAAGGCUCUUUCAACGUAAAUUAACUUGGAUUAAGAUGAGUAAACUGGAAUAUGAAGAGAUUGCCUCAGACUUAACCCCUGUGGUUGAAGAAUUAGAGGACUCGGGCUUUCUCCAGACAGAGUCUGAGUUGCAAGAACUCCCUGAUGCACUUGAACUCCUUUCUGCUCCUGAGCUGAAAGCCCUGGCCAAAACCUUCCACUUGGUGAGUUCUGCUGGGCAGAAGCAGCAGCUGGUAGAUGCUCUUCUCAAACUGGCCAGACAGCGCUCAGUCUGCACCUGGAGCAAGCCUCAGUCUGGAAUCAGAGAAGUGAUUUUAAAAAGAGCUAAAGGCUUAGCUGGACGGUCACUGCGGGUCUGUAAAGGCCCUAGGGCUGUGUUUUCCCGGAUCUUGCUGCUGUUUUCAUUGACUGACUCCAUGGAAGAUGAAGAAGCUGCUUGUGGGGGUCAAGGUCAGCUUUCUACUGUGCUAUUGGUCAAUCUGGGCCGAAUGGAAUUUCCUCAAUAUGCUGUCAGUCGGAAAACCCAGAUCUUCAGGGAUAGAGAGGACCUUAUCAGAUAUGCAGCGGCCACACACUUGCUGAGUGACAUUUCAGCUGCCAUGUCUGGUGGGAACUGGGAAGAAGCUAAGGAACUCUUUCAGAGUGCAAAAGGGAACUGGGACCAACUGAAGAAUCACCCUUCCUUGAGAUACCAUGAGGCCUUGCCACUCUUUCUGCGCUGUUUUACUGUUGGCUGGAUUUACACAAGGAUUUUCUCUCGGGCUGUUGAAGUGCUGGAGAGACUUCGCAUGUAUGAGGAAGCAGUGGAGGAACUUGAAAGCCUCCUCUCUCAGAAAAUCUACUGUCCUGACAGCAGAGGCCGCUGGUGGGAUCGCCUAGCUCUUAACCUCCACCAGCACCUGAAGCGUCUGGAAGCAGCAAUUAGGUGCAUCAGUGAAGGCCUGGCAGAUCCCCACGUGCGGACAGGACACCGACUGUCACUCUACCAGCGAGCUGUGCGCCUGCAAGAGUCCCCAAGCUGCAGAAAAUACAAGCACCUCUUAAGCCAGCUGCCAGAAAUCGCCAUGGGAGAUGUUAAGCAUGUGACCAUCACGGGCAGGUUGUGCCCCCAGCAUGGAAUGGGCAAGUCUGUGUUUGUCAUCGAGGCUGGAGACACCACCAACCCCACCACAGUCCUAUGCUCUGUGGAGGAGCUGGCACUGCACUAUUACAGGCGGAGUGGCUUUGACCAGGGGAUUCAUGGGGAAGGAUCCACCUUCAGCACCCUGUGUGGCCUCCUGCUAUGGGAUAUCAUCUUCAUGGAUGGGAUACCAGAUGUCUUCAGAAAUGCCUACCAGGCGUCCCCACUGGAUUUGUGCACAGACAGCUUCUUCUCCAACCGGGAGCAGGCCCUGGAAGCCAGGCUGCAGCUGAUCCAUAGUGCCCCUGCUUCAAGCCUGCGGGCUUGGGUGACCGAGGCAUGGCAGACCCAGCAAGGCAGAGUAGCUUCCCUGGUCAGCUGGGACCGCUUUACUUCCCUUCAGCAAGCUCAGGAUCUUGUCUCCUGCCUUGGGGGUCCUGUCCUCAGUGGUGUGUGCAGGCGUCUGGUUGCUGACUUUCGGCACUGCCGAGGGGGCCUCCCUGACUUGGUGGUGUGGAAUUCUGAGAACCAUCGCUGCAAGCUGGUGGAAGUUAAAGGCCCUAGUGAUCGCCUUUCAUGUAAGCAGAUGAUCUGGCUGGACGAACUACAGAAGCUGGGGGCCGAAGUGGAAGUCUGCCAUGUGGUUGCAGUCGGUGCUAAGAGCAAAGGUCUUGGCUGAAAGAUGUCGCUUUGGGGACAUCUCAUCAUCCACUGUGACAAGAUCUUCAAGAGGACAAAGCUUUUUGCACUGCUCGCACUGUGACUUGUCCUGACACCUGAGAUGGGAAUGACCCAUUCUUGUACAGUAUUUGUAUGUCACGGAACUUGGCAUCUGCUGGAUCCACGGUGGGUGGACUGUUGAAAAUGUAGACAUCUCCAUGGGCAUUGUAGGAGCCUAAUGUCUCCAUAUUAAUAGGCAAAAAAAAAAAAAAAAAAAAAAAAAAGCCAGAGGGAAAAAGUGAACACGAUGAACUUUUAGAGGUUUUUGUUUUAUUUUAUUUUGUUGUUGAGUAACACAAAUAAUGUUUCUCUACUAAAUGUCCUGGCAAUGUAGACUCCUGAAUUUGGGUUUGUCUUAUGAUUGUCCAAAAAGGAUAGAAAUUCUGAUUUCCUUAAGGGGAAAGAAAAACCAACCAGAAAUAAAUUCCUUCUUUCAAGGGAGGAAGAAUCCA